AUGAAAUUCACUAUAAAGAAUGAAGUACAAAAAUGCCUUCGGAUUGAUGGAGUUGGUGAGAGGAAUAAUGUCGCAUACAAGGUUGUAUGUCAAUAUGCAGCACAGAGGUAUACUGAAUACAGGAACCAGUUGAGGAGAAAGUUAAUAGCAGACAUUAAAGCUGGAAAAGAUGUGCAAUCUUCUGCAAUCGAUAAAUUUGCAGAGGACUACCUGGCAGUGUAUUUAUCUGCCGGGCAGCAGUCUGAUUCCAGAGAUAGGAUGCAGUUAUGUAUCAUACUAAGGUCAUUCCUGCACACCAAGAAACUGAAUCUUGAUGGGAGUGACUCAUUAGAAUUCUACUGUAACUUUUGGCAGACCUUUAAGGAAUAUCAUGACAAAACAAUGAAGGACAUAAAAAAUGAUGCCAAAAGGAUGGAUAAAUUGCAAGAGAUUGACAGUAGGAGAAGGUUGCAGAGAUUAGGAACUGAGAAGUAAAGAAACAAAGAAAGAACAUUGAUUUUAUAUUAAUAUUAAUUAUACUGAACUCAAAAUCAAAA